UGUCACCUGACACCCAAGCGCUUGGGACUCAGAAAAUGCAAGCGCCGCGGAAACCAGCGCCUCGCCAGGCACGACCUGCCCAACGAUAUUUCCCUGGAAAGGCCCCAAAGGGUGCUCAAGAAGUCUCUGAAUCAGAGUCUGAUGAAGAACAGAAACUCAGUGAGGCCCAGCUGGAAUCUGGCAGUGUUCCCAUUGCUGGAGACAUCGAGAAUCUGGAAGAUGGAGGCCGCCUAGGGAUAUCUGCAAAGGAGAAGCCUUCUGGUCUUGCAAGGGGAAUUAAUGUUGCCCUGAGGAAUGUCAAUGUAACUGAAGCUGGUAGAGUCAUCGUAGAUGGACGGGAAGAGUCUGGAAGGACAAAGAUGGAACAAUUGUCGGAGGAUGAGUCUGGACAGGAUGAAGCCGGGGCAGACGACGCAGAGGAGACUUCAAGUAGUGAGGAUGAGUCGGAGGAAGAAGAGGAGGAAACUUCACUCGCAUUUCGGCCAAUGUUUGUGCCGAAACGGGCGCGAGCUACUCUCCAAGAGAGGGACGCGGCCGUAGAGAACAUGGAUGAAGCUGAGGCAAGACGCGAGGAAGAGGCGGCGCGGAGGAAGAAAGAGAGUCAUGAUCUUGUUGCCGAGAGCAUUAUUCGGGAACUUGCUGAUAAGGAAUCCAAGGAGACCGUUCCGGAUGUGGAUGAUACCGACGGUCUUGAUCCCACAUUGGAGUUUGAAGAAUGGCGACUCCGGGAGCUCAGCCGGAUAAAGCGCGAUAAGGAGGCCCAGCUCAGGAGGGAAGAAGAGCGGGAAGGGUCGAAAGACGGCGUGCCUGAAGAUGUAGAACGCGCAGAGAAGUCGCGGACGGAGAAACCCAAAGGGAAACAGAAGUUUCUUCAGAAGUACUAUCAUAAAGGUGCUUUUCACCAGGAUGUAGAAAUUCUCAAGCGACAUGACUUCACCGAAGCCACCGAGUCAACACUUGAUAUGUCAAUAUUGCCCAAAGUCAUGCAAGUCAAGAAUUUCGGCAAGCGUAGCCAAACCAAAUAUACGCAUCUUUUGGACCAAGAUACCACCAAGGACACUGGCGGGUUCGGUGGUGUUGGACAGCUUGGGAAACCUGGUUUGACCUGUUUCAAUUGUGGCGGGGUCCAUUUGCGUCGUGACUGCCCUCACGCUGACAACGCGCAGUCGGGCCGCCCGGGAUUUGGAACCGGAGCCAAUGGGGCUCAUCCAUCAGCUAGACCUGGCAAACAGUGGGGUGUGCGGAAGGAGGAUGAAUCAUUGGCUCCUGCGGGUCCGAGACAGUGGAGAGAUCGUCCGGAAGACGAUAACUAUCGACGGUCAAGAGAGGAGGAUGACAGAGAUCGGGGUUGGAACCGGAAUCGAGAUAGUCGUUGGGACGAGCGUGAUCGGGAUAGAAGGCGAAGACGAUCUUAUUCGAGAUCUGUGUCACCACGGCCGCGAUACUCAUCGCACCGGGCCCGUGAACGGUCAGGAAGCAUCGAACGAUCAGAUAAACGUAGGAGAAGAGACUAACAGUUGUUGGUCCAACCAUACAUAAUUUAUUCCCUAGUAUGCUAAUGUCAGUCAAUGUACUUCUCUGCACCCCAACGAUGUCCAUUUUUUGUUUGAAGUUGUCUUUGCAAAUGGACCCCGUUCUGGUCAACCAGUAUUCUUACGCGGUGUUUGACCUCUAAAUACAUGAUAUCGCACCAUCACAAACCCAGUUACCAAUAUUCCUUAGAGACAUGGAGUUCUCAUUAGUAAUAAUGUGUAGCUAAUAUAC